UUAAUGGAAACUUGUUAGGGCCUUUUCUCCGACCGUCUCUUCUCAAACCUUCUUCAACCUGCGAAACGGUGCUGCUCAAGACUGAUCGACUGAGGGGAACCGCCAUUGACGGGAAGAUGAUGAGCCCGAGGACAGACAAACUCGUGAGGAGAACGACAAUGGUGGCCACCAUAACUGCUUCGUACUUUCUCUUGACUGCUGACUACGGCCCCGAACCAAAUGUUCUUGAUCCCAUUAAGAAGGCAAUACUAAGAGCCGAAAACCGCGCAAAAGAAUUUGUGCUCGGAUCAAGUGAGAAGCCUCGGGAAAACCAGAUAGGGAGCGGCAACAACUCAAAGGAAAAUCCUUAGACUUUGAAGCAGCCGAACACAGUUGUACAGGAACAGCAUGUAGUCACUUUAGGCUAUGGACCACUUUUUUAUGCUGAUCAAAGAAUCAUGUCCAUGAAUGAAAGUUUUCUUUAAUAUGCAUCUCUUAUUUGAAUUUAUUUUGGUGGCGACUCGUUACACUACCUCAUGAAAAUAUUUUGAUCAUGGAUUGAUUGUAAGUUGUCAAACUGUCCGACUAUUCAUUUUCGGAUUAACCAAGAUUAGAUCCUAGAGUUAAUUGUC